CGCCCGUCGCUCCUCCGCCUCCAUCUCCUUCCUACUCCAUUGGAGCCAGAAGUGAUUUCUCCUGCGUCUUUCUUCCCCGAUGAUCCCGAGCUUAAAGGAUAAGUUGAACGAGAUGAGAUCGGGGAGCUCUUCUUGAUCGUUCUUGCCGUCGGACGCUCUGUUGCGUGGGUGUCUUGGUGGGGAUUUUGAGGAGGAGAGGGAGGUCGGAAAUGGCAUCGGAGGGGAUGGUCGCCGUAUCGCUGGCUUCUGUGGUUGAGGAUGUCCUGAAACAGCACGGGACCAAGCUCAGCGAUGUCAACUUGGCUUCCAGGAAGGCCGGAGAAGCCGUGGCACGUAGAUACGAGGCUGCCGGAUGGCUGAGAAAGGCGGUGGGAGUUGUCGCUGCGAAAGAUUUGCCUGAUGAACCUUCAGAGGAAGAAUUCAGGCUUGGAUUGAGGAAUGGUUUGAUCCUUUGCAAUGCACUGAACAAGAUUCAUCCUGGAGCGGUACCAAAAGUGGUGGUCAAUCCUGGAGAUACAGUUCAACAACCAGAUGGAGCAGCGCUAUCCGCAUAUCAGUAUUUUGAGAACGUGAGGAACUUCCUUGUAGCUGUGCAAGAGAUAGGUCUGCCCACCUUUGAGGCAUCCGACUUAGAGCAGGGAGGUAAGAGUGCGAGGAUUGUGAACUGUGUUCUAUCUCUCCAAUCUUAUGGUGAAUGGAAACAAAUGGGUGGGCAUGGUUCAUUUAGAUAUGGUGGAAAUUCUAAACCAUCCAUCUCAGGCAAGUCCUUCAUAAGGAAAAAUUCAGAAAAUUACAAGGGUUCAUUGUCGAGAAGCCAAUCGUUGAAUGAGAAUGAUGGUCUAUGUGCUGAGCUCAAUUCUCAAGGGGACAUCUCAAUGGAGUCCUGUCAAAUGACUACAUCACGGCCUUUAAACAUGCUUGUCCAUGCAGCUCUAUCAGAUAAGACGCCCGAGGAACUCCCACUACUUGUUGAGUCAAUGUUGAAUAAAGUUAUGGAAGAAUUUGAAUGCCGUGUAACAAGACAAAAUGAACUGGAGAAAACCACUUUGAAGGGCCACGACACUAGCAAAUCUUUUGUGAAAGCGAAGGCUUCAAUUGGGCCUCCAUCCAUUCAUUGUGAAAUGGAGGAAACCGAAGGAAGUAUUUUGAGGAAGGCAAAGAGAGAGAACCAUGCUAAGAAGAUAAACAAAGAAGAUGCAUCAAAAGAAAAUCAUAUGAAGCAACAGUUGAUUUUUCAACAGCAAGAGAGAGAUAUUCAGGAACUUAGACAUACUCUUCAAACUACAAAAGCUGGAAUGCAGUUUAUGCACAUGAAGUUUACUGAUGAAUUCACUAAGCUUGGAGAGUAUCUACAUGGCCUUGCCCAUGCUGCUUCUGGUUAUCACAAAGUUCUCGAUGAGAACAGGAAGCUGUACAAUCAAGUGCAAGAUCUAAAAGGUAGCAUUAGGGUCUAUUGUCGAGUGAGACCCUUCUUGCCAGGACAACUGAGUGGCAACACUCUUGGUUCUAUUGAUGAGGGAAGUAUCACAAUUGUAACACCCUCAAAGUAUGGCAAAGAAGGACGUAGAUCUUUUAACUUCAAUAAAGUUUUUGGGCCAUCUUCAUCACAAGAAGAAGUAUUCUCAGAUACCCAGCCUCUCGUUCGUUCAAUUCUUGAUGGUUACAAUGUUUGUAUUUUUGCAUACGGCCAAACUGGAUCAGGAAAGACAUAUACGAUGAGUGGACCUAAGCUUCUCAAUGAGCAAACAGUGGGCGUCAAUUAUAGAGCACUAAGUGAUUUGUUUAAGCUCUCUGAACAAAGAAGAGGGAUAUUUUCUUAUGAGAUUUCUGUUCAGAUGAUCGAGAUAUACAAUGAGCAAGUCAGGGACCUCCUUGUGGGGGAUGGUCUUAGCAAAAAAUUGGAAAUUCGUAAUAAUUCUCAGAAAGGACUUAAUGUUCCCAAUGCAAACUUAGUGCCUGUUACAUCAACAUCUGAUGUGAUUGAACUAAUGAACAUUGGGCAGAGGAACCGUGUUGUAGGUGCUACUACUUUGAACGAUCGUAGCAGUCGUUCUCAUAGUUGCUUGACUGUUCAUGUUCAAGGCAAAGAUAUGACUUCAGGAACUAUUCUCCGAGGAUGUUUACAUCUUGUUGACUUGGCAGGCAGUGAAAGAGUUGAUAAAUCUGAAGUAACAGGAGAAAGAUUAAAAGAAGCACAACAUAUAAACAAAUCUCUCUCGGCUUUAGGUGAUGUAAUAUCUGCCCUUGCCCUAAAGAAUUCACAUGUUCCUUAUCGGAAUAGCAAACUCACUCAGUUACUCCAAGACUCCCUUGGUGGACAAGCAAAGACAUUGAUGUUUGUCCAUAUAAGUCCUGAAAUGGAUGCUAUUGGAGAAACUCUCAGCACGCUAAAAUUUGCUGAGCGGGUUUCUACGGUUGAGCUUGGUGCUGCAAGAGUUAAUAAAGAAAGUGGAGAAGUAAAAAAACUAAGGGAGCAGAUGGCUAGUUUGAAAGCAGCAUUGACAUGCAAAGAGGAAGGAUCACAACAUCUCCAUAACACAAUACCAGGGGCAGAUUCACUCAGCACAAGACCAUCAUCACCAGUACAUUCCAAUCGACGGAGUGGAGCAGAUUAUCUACACAAUCAAUCUAACCAAAGACAGCCAAUGGAGGAAGUUGGUAACAUAGAGGUCAGAAGUAGUCUGCCAUCGAGACAAAAGAAGCCAAGUUUUGAUCUCCAAGAUCUUUUUACGACAAAUGAUUCUCCUCCAUGGCCAGAUAGUUGUUCCAGAAUGAAUCUUCCUGUGAGGGAUGAUAAAGAAAUUGUUUCUGGAGAUUGGGUUGACAAGAUCAUGGUGAACAAGCUAGAUACAGCUGUUAUGGAUGACAAUCCCAUGAUAGAUUGGGAGGGUGAUACUGGAACAUUACCUGACUUCUUCUACCAAAGAUGUGUUUCUGACGUGAGAAUUUAUCCAGAUAAACAAUACCAUAAAAGUGCCAUGAGAAGAAAAGAUAGCUAUGAGCUGGACAUGCAAAGAAGUCAUUCAUAUUAUGUGGCUACUGAUGAUUCAGAUGAUCAGGAUAUUGCGACAAGUGAUUCUUCUGAAGCAGAUAUGCUGUGGCAAUUCAGUCUCCAAAAUGUUCAUAGCACAGGUAAUGAGAGUGGGUCUAGGAUCAAGAAGCCUCAACCAAAGUUCACACAGAGUUCCGAUAUAAGGACUCCGAAUUAUACACACAUACCAUCUCCUUCCCAGAAAACAUCAAACGGGUCAAAGAGAACGGGAAGGCAGGCUAACGGCGACGACGGGAAACGGAUUGCAUCAGGUGGCAAAACUGGCAACAGAAAGUAGGGUUGCUGUUGAUAAUUUGGUUUGCGAUUUGUUCUUUCUUUUCCAGAAUGACAUAAGAGAUUGAGGGCCUCCUUCUCAUUCUAGUGACGAGUGGCAAUAAUCUCAGUUGCUUGUACUGCUGUUGUUGUGGUGGAAGUCUCAGAACCAGUGCAGGAGUGUUGGAUUCUCUCCUUCUACUUCACUUGAUUCUUGUUGCAUUCUUUCUGUCAUGUUUGUAGAGGAAAGCGAGGCAAAAUUAUAGAGGCACUGUAUCAUCUCUUGUGUAUCUCCCCAUCAAGUUCUUUGAGCACAGGAUCAUAAUUACAAUUGUUUAUGUUAUAUUCUCUUAAUGAUUUCAGCUUUUA